CUCUCUGCUGUCAUUCACAGUGUUGCCUCAGCACACAGUACGCCGACAGACUGCAAGACCGAGAGAAGAAUUAUGCAGAAAGAUAAUAUUCUCUGACCCAGCAUGCUGUUCAGCAACACUGAAUUUACUGGAAACACAACCAAUACUGUGUGGCAUCUGGGUCUACUUCAACUGAAGUCAUUUUGAAGAGUACAAGUCACUGAAGGAAUGGCCUUAUGUCUGAAAAUCUUGGUCGUCUUUGCCCUUGUGGUGACUGUGUUUAUUUUGGAAACAAGGAACCGUAACUUUCAGUUUUACUUUCCUGCCCUGGAUUAUCUGGUAGAGGAAGGAGAACACAUUCUUCCUCACAUACGGCAGGAAAGAAGUGUGCUUUCAGACUCUGAGAUUUACUCAGCAAACAUUUUAUUAAAUGCAUCGAGCGUGGGAACCUAUGAGCAGCUGCUGUCGACCCUGAACGCCACCAGUUAUCCUCUCCAGCUUGAUAACACCACAGAGAUCCGAGAUAUUACUGUUACAACAGUUUGUGUCUCCACUGAAACUGGUUUCCAGUGUGAGUGUGAAGAGCAGUUUGCUUGGCCGUACAGCUCCUGCAUCACAUAUGGAGCUUGUGAUUCCAUAUCCAGCGGCAUCUGCAAAUGCAUCUCGGCGAUCCCAGCUGACGGCUCUUCCUGUCAGCUGAUCUCUGAGCUGCUGGUUCAAACUGAAUAUGUGAUUGAUCUGGAGCUGAAUCUAACCGACAUCGCAACAGUGGACUUCCUCAGACGCCUCCUGAGCAAUGGCAGCAAUUUUCUAACCCUGAGUCCAACAGUGAAUGUCACACAGCUUGACCUCUCCACAGUCUGCUCUCCAAUCAGUGGUGAUUACCAGUGCAGAUGUGAGGAUCAAUAUCGUUUUCCAUGUGACCAGUGUGUAACAUAUGGAUCAUGUGACAACAUCACUGGUGACACAUGUGGAUGCAUCAGAGGCAUUCCUGCUGGUGGACAGUACUGCCAGGCUGAGGAUCAAUACAACUUUACUGCAUGUCCAAUCAUCACAACAACUCCACAACCAACAAGUCCACCAGUCUUCCAUCAGUACCUGCUUUCCAUUGAGCUGAACUCCACAGAUGUUACAGUUGUAGAAAAGCUGAGGAACAUCAACAACACCAUCAGCAUGAACAGGAACUUACGAAUCUCUGAUGUUAACAUUACUACAGUCUGCUCUCCAAUCAGUGGUGAUUACCAGUGCAGAUGUGAGGAUCAGUAUCGUUUUCCAUGUGACCAGUGUGUAACAUAUGGAUCAUGUGACAACAUCACUGGUGACACAUGUGGAUGCAUCAGAGGCAUUCCUGCUGGUGGACAGUACUGCCAGGCUGAGGAUCAAUACAACUUUACUGCAUGUCCAAUCAUCACAACAACUCCACAACCAACAAGUCCACCAGUCUUCCAUCAGUACCUGCUUUCCAUUGAGCUGAACUCCACAGAUGUUACAGUUGUAGAAAAGCUGAGGAACAUCAACAACACCAUCAGCAUGAACAGGAACUUACGAAUCUCUGAUGUUAACAUUACUACAGUCUGCUCUCCAAUCAGUGGUGAUUACCAGUGCAGAUGUGAGGAUCAAUAUCGUUUUCCAUGUGACCAGUGUGUAACAUAUGGAUCAUGUGACAACAUCAGUGGUGACACAUGUGGAUGCAUCAGAGGCAUUCCUGCUGGUGGACAGUACUGCCAGGCUGAGGAUCAAUACAACUUUACUGCAUGUCCAAUCAUCACAACAAAUCCACAACCAACAAGUCCACCAGUCUUCCAUCAGUACCUGCUUUCCAUUGAGCUGAACUCCACAGAUGUUACAGUUGUAGAAAAGCUGAGGAACAUCAACAACAACCAUCAGCAUGAACAGUAACUUACGAAUCUCUGAUGUUAACAUUACUACAGUCUGCUCUCCAAUCAGUGGUGAUUACCAGUGCAGAUGUGAGGAUCAAUAUCGUUUUCCAUGUGACCAGUGUGUAACAUAUGGAUCAUGUGACAACAUCACUGGUGACACAUGUGGAUGCAUCAGAGGCAUUCCUGCUGGUGGACAGUACUGCCAGGCUGAGGAUCAAUACAACUUUACUGCAUGUCCAAUCACAACAAAUCCACAACCAACAAGUCCACCAGUCUUCCAUCAGUACCUGCUUUCCAUUGAGCUGAACUCCACAGAUGUUACAGUUGUAGAAAAGCUGAGGAACAUCAACAACACCAUCAGCAUGAACAGGAAC